UCAAGAAACCGGAAGUAAACGUCAUUGACACAGGAAUGGGACAGAAAAAAAACAUAAUGGGGAGAAUGUCAAAUAUAUUUUUGUAAAAACGCAACGUUUCUACUCAAGAAAAGGAUGAUUCGUUUUGUCCGGGGUGGAAUAGCGGCAUCGAAAAGGGCACUGCCUGUGUAGCACGUAGCUAAAUGGAGUCGGAGCAGCUCUUCAACAGGAAGGGCUACUACAGGAACAGCUACAACAGCAUUGCCAGUGCCAGCAGCGACGAGGAGCUACUGGAUGGCGCCGGAGUCGUCAUGGACUUCCACACCUCUGAGGACGACAACCUUCUGGACGGAGAUGCCACCUCCCCAGGAUCUAACUACGUCAUGUCUAACGGGGGCGGGGUGAUGAGUAGCACCACCCACCUGCUGGACUUCCUGGAGGAGCCCAUCCCGGGGGUCGGCACCUAUGAUGACUUCCACACCAUCGACUGGGUCCGGGAGAAGUGCAAGGACCGGGAACGCCACCGCAAGAUCAAUGCUAAGAAGAAGGAAUCAGCUUGGGAGUUUACCAAGAGCCUGUAUGAUGCCUGGUCUGGGUGGCUGGUGGUGACACUGACAGGGCUGGCCUCAGGUGCUCUGGCUGGUCUAAUCGACAUCGCUGCUGAUUGGCUGAACGACAUCAAGGAGGGGGUGUGUCUGAAUGCCAUGUGGUUCAACCACGAGCAGUGCUGCUGGGGCUCCAACGAGACCACGUUCGCUGAGCGGGACAAGUGUCCUCAGUGGAAGAGCUGGGCGGGGCUCAUCCUGGGCCAGGAAGAGGGCCCUGGUUCCUACAUCAUGAACUACUUCAUGUACAUCUACUGGGCUUUGUCCUUCGCCUUCCUGGCUGUGUUACUGGUCAAGGUGUUCGCCCCUUACGCCUGUGGCUCCGGUAUACCUGAGAUAAAGACCAUUCUGAGUGGGUUCAUCAUCCGGGGUUACCUGGGGAAGUGGACCCUGCUGAUCAAAACUGUGACCCUGGUGCUGGCUGUAGCGUCUGGGCUGAGCCUGGGGAAGGAGGGACCCUUGGUCCACGUGGCCUGCUGCUGUGGAAACAUUUUCUCAUACCUCUUCCCCAAGUACAGCAAGAACGAGGCCAAGAAGCGAGAGGUCCUAUCUGCAGCGUCAGCGGCCGGGGUGUCCGUGGCUUUCGGUGCUCCCAUAGGAGGAGUACUCUUCAGCUUGGAGGAGGUGAGCUACUACUUCCCUCUGAAGACCCUGUGGCGCUCCUUCUUCGCUGCAUUGGUGGCAGCCUUCGUCCUCCGCUCCAUCAACCCGUUUGGCAACAGCCGUCUGGUGCUUUUCUACGUGGAGUACCACACCCCCUGGUACCUGUUUGAGCUUAUCCCCUUCAUCCUGCUGGGGGUGUUUGGAGGCCUCUGGGGGGCCUUCUUCAUCAAGGCCAACAUCGCCUGGUGCCGAAGGAGGAAGUCCACCCGCUUCGGGAAGUACCCCAUCCUGGAGGUGAUCUUCGUGGCGGCCAUUACCGCGGUCGUGGCGUUCCCCAACCCGUACACGCGGCAGAACACCAGCGAGCUGAUUAAAGAGUUGUUUACCGACUGCGGACCCUUGGAGUCGUCCCAGCUGUGCCAGUACAGGAGUCAGAUGAACGGGAGCAAGGCGUUUGUGGACGCGUCUCCCAACAAGCCGGCUGGACCCGGGGUGUACGCAGCCAUUUGGCAGCUGUGCCUGGCGCUCAUCUUCAAGAUCAUCAUGACCAUCUUCACCUUCGGACUUAAGGUUCCUGCUGGCCUGUUCAUCCCCAGUAUGGCCAUCGGGGCGAUUGCCGGGCGUAUCGUUGGCAUCGCCGUGGAGCAGCUGGCGUACUACCACCACGACUGGUUAGUGUUCAGGGAGUGGUGCGAGGUAGGCACAGACUGCAUCACCCCGGGACUCUAUGCCAUGGUGGGGGCCGCCGCAUGUCUGGGUGGUGUAACGCGGAUGACCGUGUCUCUCGUGGUCAUCGUGUUUGAGCUGACGGGCGGCCUGGAGUACAUCGUGCCCCUCAUGGCCGCCGUCAUGACCAGCAAGUGGGUGGGCGACGCCUUCGGGCGCGAGGGCAUCUACGAGUCACACAUCCGCCUGAACGGGUACCCCUUCCUCGACGCCAAGGAGGAGUUCACACACACCACACUGGCGCGGGAGGUGAUGCGGCCGCGGCGUAGUGAUCCGCCGUUAGCGGUGCUGACGCAGGACGACCUGACAGUGGAGGAACUACAGGGGAUCAUCAACGAGACCAGCUACAAUGGCUUCCCUGUCAUCGUCUCCAAGGAAUCCCAGAGACUGGUUGGCUUCGCUCUGCGCAGGGACAUCACCAUCGCUAUAGAGAACGCACGGCGGAAGCAGGAGGGUAUCCUGUUGACUUCGCGGGUCUACUUCACGCAGCACGCCCCUACGCUGCCCGCCGACAGCCCGCGGCCCCUCAAGCUGCGCUCCAUCCUGGACAUGAGCCCCUUCACCGUGACCGACCACACGCCCAUGGAGAUCGUGGUGGACAUCUUCCGCAAGCUGGGCCUCCGCCAGUGUCUGGUGACACACAACGGGAUUGUAUUGGGCAUCAUCACUAAGAAGAAUAUAUUAGCGCAUCUGGAGGAGCUCAAGGAACACACGGAGCCCCUGGCGUCUCCUUGGUAUUAUCACAAAAAAAGAUAUCCUUCGUCAUAUGGCCCAGAUGGCCAACCAAGACCCCGACAACAUAAUGUUCAACUAGUCACCGCCUUCCCGGGUCGUCAAGCUGACGAGGAGGAAAGCGAGGAGGAGGUGGUAAACCUACUGGACGGCCGCGGCUCCACCCUAUGACGCACAGCCCCCACCCCCACCCCUGGGACACACCACCCCAAAUCCACCUCAAUACUAAACCAGAGCCCUCUAGAGGCCACAUGAAGGAAGAGACGAACAGACUCUAAAAGGACUUUAAAAAUGGCUGCUGUGAGGGAUGUUUUGGCCCCUAGGUAGCAGCUAGUACAGGCUGGGGCAUAAAUACACAAGGAAUGCAAUUUAAACACACCCCUCCAUUUACAUACAGAAACAUACAUACAUACAUACAUACAUACAUACAUACAUACAUACAUGAGAUCAGACUCACUCAUACACAGAUGCCACACAAGCAUGCCACUAGCCGAAUUGCACCUCCUUCAAACACACCCUUCAUGCUCCUUUGUCCUUGUCCUGUUUCUAUUGGUUCACGCUGGUGGACAUUGCUGUGAGCCUGAAGCCUGGCUACCGAGGUAAGAGGUCAGAAUGAUCCGCUAGGACGCGAGGAGCGACCUUCAGACACCUCGACUGCUGAUUGGCUGUCAGCCCUGCCAGGCUCCACCCCCACUGUGUCCCUCCCUCCCCACACCCCGUCCGUCCUCGAAAGCAUUGUUUACCUGUGAACUCUCUUUGAGUGAGAGAAUGCAUGUGUGCGUUUCACCUCCACGUUCCAAUCAGGUUGUCAUAGUAACCCGAAACUACAAACUCCCACCCUCCCCCCUAAAAGCAUCCGCCUGAUAUUAGACUGGGCGUUGCUCCAAGGUGUAAGUGUGGGUGAGAGAGAGUGUGUGUGUGUGAGAGAGGAAGGAAGAUCAAGGGUACAAGCAGGAUGUACUGAAGUAGUUAGUUAAUGUCUGAGUGUUGUAGUUCAAGAACAAAAUGUCUCUUUCUGAUGUAUGUGAAAACAUUCUGUACAGAAGAGUCCGAUACUCAUCGGUUACAUACCCCCUCCCCUGUUGAAGUAAAGAGUGAAAAACUCUGUGUGUGCGCGUGCAAUUACCUUUUGAUCUGAGCCAGGUAGGCAAUAUGCCAUAGAGGUGUGUGUGCACGCGCAUAAGUAUCAGAUGAGAAAAGACUUGUCCGUUUCUCCGACAGUGAAGGUGGGCAGUGUGUAUAUCAAAAUAAAUAGGAACACUAACUCAAGGUGAAGUUCUGUUACUGGAGGAGAAAAAAAAUAUCAUUUUUUUCUUUUCAAACUAUUACUAAUGCAACUACUUUUAGAGUAUUGAUAUAUACAUAAUCAAGUAACUUUUUAUGGCUUGUAAUGAAACAAAGUCAAGACUGGAAAACCACUUCUUUUUUUUUCUUUUUCAAGUGAACAAAAUAAAUGGAUGAUUAUGAGGAUGUUGACGGUAAUACUGCACAGUAACCAUGUCUUAGAUCUUUUACUUUGCUUUAAUUAAGCUGCCUCAUGGUGUGAGAAAUGUGUCUUGUAUUUUCCACUGGAGCUUAAUCUUUUCUUGCAUCUCUCCUCCUCUGCCUCGUCGUCAAGUACAACAAUUCAACAGGAAAUCUUCUUCGCAUUUGUAGAUUUAAAAUCAUGAAUUGAAAGGACUGAAAUAGGAGGUGCAUUUCACAACACGUUUUUUGGGAGGUGUGCCAGUAACUCCUUUUAAACUUCAAUAAAGUCUCUUGUAUA